UGCUCCCUAAUACAUAUAUGGUAUAAUAUAUAUCUACAUUAAUAAUCUUCACUAUGACUAGUUACGUUUGAUUGUACAGUCCAUUAAAAAACCAUAAUCUCGCAAAAACUAUUUGUUUUCAUAAUAAAUUGUAAAAUCAUACACAGCAAAAGAUCUAAGUUAAUUCCAUUUAAAAAACUUACAAAUAUAGCUGAAAAAUGAGCGAUGUUAUCUCCACUAUUUCCCAAUCGUUCAAAGUGGAAUGGUUAAAUACAACAUUGAAAUUUGUAAAAAAUGAUAACCAGAUGAUUAUGGAAUUCCCUGAAAUGCCUUUAUCUCAUGUGGAAUAUCUAUACAAUUUAAUUUGGCAACGUAGACAUGAUGUUGGUCUUGGGUUCAAGUCACUGUAUGCUCCUCUUUGGGAAGCCAUGAGGAUUUUCAGCUUGAAAUACAGAUUUAAAGUAUCUCUUAUGAAGUCUAUAGAUAACACAGGGCAUUUAGUUAUUGAGAAAAUAAAGAAAACAGACCAAGGGGCUGAUAGAGUUGAUAAUAACAAUGCUGAGUCAACAGAUGUGGAGAAUGUUUCACAGUCCAGGCUCGACAAAGAAAUAAAUAAUAAAAACCAAAUGAAAAGUCAGAAAUAUUAUAAAAGCAAAACUAAAAUAAUUGCAUCCGUUUCAUCAACAUUUCUCCGAACAACUUUACAAAAAAUCCUUGAAUUUAUCAACGAUAAAAAAGAAGCCAGUCUCAUAUUCACGGACUUAGCACACACAGAAGCAAAAUUUUUGGAGAAUUUCCUUGGUAUAUAUAAAAGAAGGAAAGUGUUUGAAAUGAUGAUGUCACCAGAUUGCAACAAUAUAUUUAAUGAAAUACACAAAUGUUUUAACCAAUUUUAUAAAACAUGUAAAUUGGAUGUGGAUGCUAUGAAAACUAAUGUAAAGACAAAAAAGAGAGAGGUGACCUUUUUAAAAGUACCAAGAUAUGUUCCACCUACAAUGACAAGCACCAUUUGGACACAAGUGGUAAAUGAAAAUUCCUCUACAACCGAUAAAACAGAUGUUAACCCGAAGUGUCUAUUCCUGAAUACUUUAUUUAUAAAUGAGCAUUUAAGUAAUAUAAUAAAUACACUACAAACAAACAUACAUAGUCCAAGUAAUGAUAGAACAGAAAAUAAUACCGUACAAAAUGAAAGUAUUCAAAAUAAUCAUACAAAAAACAUUCAAGACAUAGUCAAUGACAAUUGCGAAGACAAAACAAUAACGGAAGAUGACGGAAAAAAAUCAAAACCUCCAAAAAAAUGCAGUCCUAAUAUAAGUAAGGUGAAUACAGACACUGAAGCGGAAAGAGUAGCCAAGGACACUUCGAAAAUCUUAAAGGAUCCCAAAAAGAAUAUACCUCCUAAAAAAUCGAUAAUAUUCGAGAAGUCGACACAGUCUAAAACUAAUGCUGCAGUUGGUGAGCAGGAAAUGAACAGUCAGAUAGAGAAGAAAGUCAGAGAGAGAAAGAAAGAUAGCGACUCCAGGAAAGAUAAACUUCUAGAAGCUAUGUCAACCCCAUUGGAAAGUGAAAUUGGGUUAAGGAUGAUGCAAGUAAUGGGCUGGCAGGGCGGAGCGCUGGGGAUCCGCGGUGUGGGCAUCACGGAACCAAUCAUACCGAUGCUUCAUCUUACACGAGGAGCAGGCUUGGGGCACGUAACAGAGGAAUCUAAAGAAAAGGAAGCGGAAUUCGACUUUCGCAUUGACAUGCUGGAAACAAUUCUAGACUUACUCGACAAUGAAAUGAAUGAUACAAAAAUUAAUUACGUUAACGAAAUAUCUGAGAAGGAUAAGUGUUUUCUGAAGAUGGUCUUGACGACAUUCAAUAACAGGAAUCGACUCUCGGUACGGAAAGGCGUUGAAAGUGAGUUAGGAAAGAACAUUCAAGAUAAAAUGAUGGAAGAAUGUAAUCUUUGUUUAGGUAUGAAGAUUUCAUCAAAUAAUAAAAAUAUAACAUUAAAGAAAAUAUUUAAAAAAAAAACGGCUAAAAAUAAAAUUAAACUUAAAAAUAAAAAUAAUAUCAAGGAAUCAACCACAAACACUAAUGAUAAUAAUUUGCAUUCUUAUAUAACCAAACUCCCUGAGAAUAAAAAAGAUUUUGAAGGAUUGAUUGUGAGUAAAAUCUUAGAACUACUUAAAAGCGAGGAACAAUGUAUAAAGAUCGAUUUCGAUGGAGUUCUCGUGUCUCAAUACCGUAGUUGUAUGGAGAAUUUAUGUUCUAAUAUAAAUAGGAAGCAAAAAUACGCAAUUUCAUGUUUUAAAGUUUUCUUGAAUGAAAUUUACGAAAAGUUAGGAAAUAAUUGUUUGAAAGUGGAGUACGAUACAAAACAUAUGUCCAUAAUUCUAAAAAAAAUAAUUGACCAAAACCAUUUUACAAACAGUGCGACGAACAAUUUAAACAUCAAUGCAAAUAGUGAGGGAAAUGAUGAUAAAGUAACGGAUGUCAAAAAUGAUGCAACUUUUACUAAUAAAAAUAAUGAUAAUGAAACACUUGUAACGAAAGAUGAUUUAGACGUUAAUGACGAAAUCGACAAAGGAAACGGGAAUGGAGUAUGGAAUCAUAAAAGUAAUAAAAACAAUGAUAAUAAAUAUUAUUCGUAUAACUAUUGUUAUGAGCUAAAUGAAAAUAGUUUAAAUAUCGAAUCUGGUGAUAAUACAAACAGUCAACAAUUAGACUUGAUUGAUCGAAAUACAGACAUGUCUGUUUGUACAAAUAACUGUGAAAUAUUAGAUAAAGUUAGUGAUGAAAUGAAGGCAGAUAAAAUAGACAAUAAAGAAUUAAAAAUAGUUGAGUGUGAUGAUGCCAUUAAUAAUAAAAAUAGCUUGGAAAGAAAGCUAUUGCAAACAAAAACUGAUCCAAAUAAUAAGAAAGAAUCAACAGAAUAUAACAACGAUAGAACAGUUGGAUUUAAUACUGUGGAAAAUAUAGAUAAAACGGAUCGCGUUAUCGCUAAAGAAACGAAACCAUCCAAAGAGAUUUUAAGCAAUGAGUUUGAUAUUGAAUGUGAACGAAAAAACUGUGAUGUUAAUGCCGAAGAAGAUAUUACUGAUGAAAUGAAUACUUCAGAUGUAUAUUCAAUUAGCGAUAAAUCAGUAAUAAAUACAGAAAAACUAACGGUAUUUGUUAAUAGCGAUAACCGACCUCAAAGAAUUAAACUCGUUAUAAUUGAAAAAGUCACUGACCUGUGCUCUAAACUUUUUUUAAAAGAGAUUCAAAAUUUAAUAUCAAAUAAUAUAAGUGAAAAUUUUAUACCGCAAUUAAAGUGUCAUGGCGUUGAAAUACGUGGUAUUAUAUAUAGUUGUUAUAAUGAGGAAACUUUUCAAUGGUUGAAAGAGGUUUUAAGUAAUUAUAAAAUCAGAGACUACAAACAGACCACAGAUAAUAUGUUUACAGUGCAGAUUAAAAUAAAAACAAUGUUGGAUGUCAAAAAAGUUUUAACAUUGCUAGAAUUGUGUAAUGUGGGCUUGUGUUGUGGAAAAUGGGUAGUUUUGGAGGGGAAAAAUGGUGACUUCUCCGUAUUUUCAGUCAAUAUAGACGGUGAUUCAUUGAAUUAUAUAUGUGAUAAUAAUUUUAAGUUAUCAAUUGGUGUUGAUGAAGCCCAAUUUAGUAUACUUUGUUCAUUCUAAACAAAGUAUUGAAUAAUAAUGAAACCCAAAUAGGAGUCUGCUUGGGAAAAAAAAUGAUUUUUUUGAUAUACAUAUAUUGAAAGAUAAGAAUUAACUUGAUUUUUUCUUAUAAUAAAUAAGCAAAAAAGUUACUAUUACAUAAAUAGUUAUAUUGCUUACGUUGGUGUUGUAAUUUUGUAAUGUUAUAAUAUUAUUCCUCUGACGCUCUUGGUGCCAUGUAGUAACGGAUAGGAAAAUGUCAAAAACAAUCAUCAGGAUGUACAUAAGUAUUGAUUGAUUUUUAUAAAUGUGAUAAUUUUUAUUUGUAUAACAUUAACCGAAAUCCAAUUUAUGUGAAGUGAAAGCAUCGACCAAAGGGCGCUGGAAGACAAUCUCCUCUAGCCGAAACAAGGGUCAAGACCGGUGCGGGGUCUACGCCGGGUAACGAGAUACGGUUACGCUAGAUAACGCAGCCUACUUAACUAGGCCAUCUUGAAAAAUCGUACAAUGCAAUUUUUUAUAUUUUUGGAAUCGAGAAUCUUCGAAAUAGUUUGCUGUUUAUGAAUUAUUAUUUUGUCAAUUGCCCUUUUUGGUCAUAGUGGGAUAUUAUAGGCCGAGAUGGCCCAGUGGUAAGAACGCGUGCAUCUUAACCGAUGAUCGUAGGUUCAAACCCGGAUAAGCACCACUGAAUUUUCAUGUGUUUAAUUUGUGAUUAUAAUUCAUCUCGUGCUUUACGGUGAUGGAAAACAUCGUGAGGAAACGUGCAUGUGUCUCAUUUCACUGAAAUUCUGCCAUAUGUGUAUUCCACUAAACCGCAUUGGAGCAGCGUGGUGGCUUAAGCUCCAAACCAUCUCCUCAAAAAGGGAGACUUUUAGCCCAACAGUGGGAUAUUCACAGGCAGUUUCGGGAUUACGCGUUAAUGGUGACAGUGUUAUCCGGAUCUUAAUACGUUCAUCAUAGAUCCCACUCUAUAUCAAACUGAUAUAGAGAUUAGUAUGAGACCAUAGACAAUUUAGUUCUUUGUAAAAUUUGACAAAUGCCUAUCAGAAAACAGUGAGAAUUUAUGGUCACGUUAGAAUUGCUACAUAAUGUACAAUUUGUGUCAAUAAACAGUCCGUGGCAGUAUUAUACGCAUAGAGAACAUCGUUCUUGAGAAUUGUCAUUUUCCUAGUGCUUGAUUAAUUAAACUAGGACAUCGCUAGUGCUAAAGGUACCAAUAUCGAUGAUGCUUAAUCAAGUAUAAACGAAGAACAGAUCUUGGUCGUAUUAUAUAACUUUUUGCGUAAUAUUGUUAUUAUUAGUAAUGUUAAGCUUAUGUCGUUUAGUACAAAUAAAUUUAUUUUUUAAAUAUUUAAAAAAAAUGUUGUCUACAUUUUGCUUAAAAAUGUACUUUGGCCCUUUGGACAUUGAAGGGCUUAUCAAAUCGCUGAAAAGUAGUAGUAACAUUAUUUAGUACUAGAUAAACAAUCUGUUACUACUUUUCUUAUUUAUCCUUUUAAUUAAAAUAAAUUAAAUUUAAUCUUCAUACUACAUUUCGGAAAAGUAUUAAAACAUAAUUUAAUUAAUUGCAAACAAAAUCUGAUAACUCGUAAAUUUUGUGUAGGUUCUUCCCCUAAAUAUAUUCCAGUAGAAGAAUCUCGUAUUAGGAUUAUAAGAUAAAUAAAUAUACAUUGAUGUGACUAUUUUGUACCUAAAAAAUAAUUUAUGUUAGUUGUACCUGUGCCAACAGACUUAGCUUUUAUCUAGUAAGUCCUAUAUAUAAACAAUUCGAAUGAAUCCUUAUUGAAUGACUUUUUCUUAAGAGUUUUGUAUUAGAAAUGUUUUGUUGUAAUGUGCGUGUG